CGCCGCUCGGCCCGGAGCGCUCCGAGACAGCCCCGCUGAGGGCGAAGGCUCGCAGGGAGGGCUGGAUCCCUGCCCGACCGCCCUCAGAGCGGCAGCGCUGCGCCCUUUCCCCAGCGAGGCUCAGCUCCUGCCGUCUCCAGGCCUCGCGCUGCGCCCGGCUGGAAAUGCCGUGCGGGGUUCAGCGUGCAUUCACCUAAUCCGUGCUCAGCCCCUCGUUCUGAGGGGGACAAGGGCAGCUGAUCCCGGCCGAGCCCGUCCGUGAGGGCGGCCCAGGGGCGGCUCGCCAUGCCCACGGUGGUGGUGGUGGACGUGUCGCUGUCCAUGACGCGGCCCGUGUCGGUGGAGGGCUCCGAGGAGUACCAGCGCAAGCACCUGGCUGCCCACGGGCUCACCAUGCUCUUCGAGCACAUGGCCACCAACUACAAGCUGGAGUUCACGGCCUUGGUGGUGUUUUCAUCCCUCUGGGAGCUCAUGGUGCCCUUCACAAGAGACUACAACACACUCCAGGAAGCCCUCAGUAACAUGGAUGAUUAUGACAAAACCUGUUUGGAGUCGGCGCUGCUGGGGGUUUGCAAUAUUGUCCAGCAGGAGUGGGGGGCAGCAAUUCCUUGCCAGGUUGUCCUGGUCACCGACGGCUGCCUGGGCAUCGGCCGGGGCUCCCUGCGCCACUCCCUGGCCACCCACAGCCAGCGCAGCGACAGCAACAGGUUCCCACUGCCCUUCCCGUUCCCGUCCAAGCUCUACGUCAUGUGCAUGGCCAACCUGGAAGAGCUUCAAAGCACAGAUUCCUUAGACUGCCUGGAACGGCUCAUUGAUUUAAACAAUGGGGAAGGGCAGAUUUUCACCAUUGAUGGCCCCCUGUGCCUGAAGAAUGUGCAGUCCAUGUUUGGAAAGCUAAUAGACCUGGCUUAUACACCAUUCCAUGCUGUCCUCAAGUGUGGCCACUUAACAUCUGAUGUGCAAGUAUUUCCCAGACCAGAGCCUUUCAUUAUAGAUGAGGAAAUAGACCCCAUUCCUAAAGCAAUUAAUACAGAUCUAGAAAUUGUUGGGUUUGUAGAUAUUGCAGACAUUUCCAGCCCUCCUGUCUUGUCCAGACACUUGGUACUGCCCAUUGCACUUAACAGAGAGGGGGAUGAGGUGGGACCUGGGAUCACAGAUGACACUGAAGAUGAGAAUUCAGCUAAUCAGAUUGCUGGGAAAAUCCCCAACUUCUGUGUUUUAUUACAUGGCAGCCUGAAAGUGGAAGGCAUGGUGGCUCUCGUCCAGUUGGGGCCGGAGUGGUAUGGAAUGCUUUAUUCACAAGCUGAUAGCAAGAAGAAAUCAAACCUCAUGAUGUCACUCUUUGAACCUGGUCCUGAGCCCCUCCCAUGGCUGGGGAAGAUGGCACAGCUUGGCCCCAUUUCAGAUGCAAAAGAAAAUCCUUAUGGAGAGGAUGACAACAAGAGCCCUUUCCCUCUGCAGCCCAAGAACAAGCGCAGCUACGCUCAGAAUGUCACUGUGUGGAUCAAACCCAGUGGCCUGCAGACAGAUGUACAGAAGAUCUUGAGAAAUGCAAGGAAACUCCCUGAAAAAACACAGACCUUCUAUAAAGAGCUGAACCGUUUGCGGAAGGCAGCUCUGGCCUUCGGCUUCCUGGAGCUGCUGAAGGGCGUGGCAGACAUGCUGGAGCGGGAGUGCACGCUGCUGCCCGACACCGCCCACCCCGACGCCGCCUUCCAGCUCACACACGCGGCCCAGCAGCUCAAGGUGGCAAGUACUGGGGCCUCAGAAUAUGCUGCCUAUGAUCACAACAUUGCUCCUCUGCAGACUGACUUUUCCAGUAGCAGCACUGAGAGAAUGUGAAGUCUCCAUUUUGGGAGCUUCUCUAGAUUAAGGCUCAAGCAGUUCAGAUUUUCUUCUGGCCUGUUCAAUCGCUGUUUGAAGAACUUCCUAUCCAAACGGGGAAGUUUUGCAUCAGUGCUCUCUAAACAAACGUAGCUCGUUUGUGGUGGCUGUUAGUCAGACCUGGAAACUGUGGAAAGUGUCCCAAACCCAGUGGUGGUGUUGGAUGAUGGGUAGAAGUUAUUUAGUACAUGUGAGGAGAGAAAAAAAAUGCCAUUGGCAGCUCUUGGAUUUUGGCCUCCCCAAAAUGCAGUUACUACACAACUGAACUCGCUGGUGAAAAUAUCCUAAAAGGCAGCUACUACACUUUAAACAUCAACUUGAUUAGUCCAAAGAAAGGUGUGAAAAGCACCCUGCAGGAUCAGAUACAAAACUGAUUUUGGGGCGUUGGCCCUGACUUUAUGCCCAACUUGACAGACUGUUUGUACUAAGCAUUAUCACUUGCAUUGCAGUGCUUAUGCUUCUGAAAGUAACUUGAUCUUGGGACAUAUGUUUUUUUUAUUUGCAUAAUACAAAUAAAGAGUAAUUCUUCAUGAAAAUUUAAGUUGGAUUUGUUCCAUUUUCAUAGUGGGCGGUGUGGCCCAAAAGGCUGACCUGGUGAAGGCUCAGGUCCCAGCUGUUUAUCUCAAGUUAAAUAUCAAAUGAUACAACUUCUCAGGAAGUUGUAUAAUUUGAAAGAACAAACAACUGAACUAAAACAAAAUUUGGUUGUAAAUCUUUAUUAAUAGAAACACAUUCUUUCUGAAGGACUAAAAUUCAGUAGUGUAAGAUCCAUGACAGCUUGCACUAGGUACCACAGUUUCACUGAUGAAUACAUACGGAUUUCAUAACAGAGGUUUAAAUGCCCAGAGAAGAAAUCAAAGUAUGAAAGUGAUCCUUGCUGUUCUGUUACUCAGCUAAUUCAACCCUUUCACAUACUUCAAACAUAGGUACAGUGUGUGCUAAGUGAAAUAUUGUGUAAAUAGUGCUCAACUCUCCUGAGUAAAGUAGGCUGUGCUUCUCCCAAAGAGAAGUUGUAUCACGCCUCUUGUUGACAGAACACAAUUUGUGAAAUGCAGCGUGGAGCUUGUACUGCUUCUAUGUUAGUCUCAUAACACUAUUUCAUUUACAGUAACAAGCACUGGGUCCAUAUCACAAACCUUCUGCAGUUUGUUACUUUUAAUAUAUAUAAAAUAAUUUUCUGGAGGGUUCAUAUUGUUUUGCAAUAGAAAAAGAUAAAUAGUAACAUGGCACUAAGCUAAUCUCAGCUUGUGUCUGUCCUGGAUUGCUGGCAUUGCUCUGCAGUGCCUGAGGCAGUGGCAGUUGGGAAACAACCUGUUCAUAACCACAGUGCAGUUUGAACUAAACUUGCUGUACCUUUCUAAGCUGGGUUAAGGAGGCCAGAGGAAUCUGGGAUCAGCUACAGGAGGCUCAGUGUGAAGAAGGACAUGCUGAAAUAAAGUCAGCUGAACCAGAGGUUUCCAGGUGAGCCAGCAGAUGACCUGAAAUGUGGGGGGAGCUUCUCUUUAGUGGUGGUGGUUAAAGCAAGCAAAGAGAAAAGGGUCCUUCAAACCUGCGUGGGACCUCCCUUACUAAGAUUUGAUAUGUGCUAUCGAAAUAAUACAGUUUAUUUGACCCCCCUGUUCCAUCCCCCCAGGAGCCAGUCAACCACACACACCAACUUCUCUGCUGCACCCCUAAAUGCAGGUAGAAGAGUGACUUUGCUGCCCUGCUGAAGGCUGUAAAUAUAGGAGCCACAGCCCUGGCAGGAUGGAUCAGAGGGGCCCCAUGUCCCAUGAGAAUUCCCCAUUCUCCCUUUGCAUGGGUUGGAUGGAGUUCUGUUGGGAUUCACAUGCCAGGGGAAUGCUGGUACCUAUGUUCCCUUGUUUUGUUACAUUUCAGUGCUUGCUCUACCAACCAGGGAAGCAUUUCUGCCCUCAGUGGCAGCUUCCUUUCCCUAAUGACUGGACAGGAUGUGUUGCUACAGGAAUACACAUUGCUAUGGUCCACACAGAGCUCCUAUUCUGUCAAGGCUUAACUAGAAACAGACUAAGUUGUAGCAUUUAAAUCAGCAUUAACUACUUCCAGUUUUAAUUCUGUACUAUCAAUAAUGCUGCAGAAGAAAAGGGGGGGUUAUAUACUGAGCAAGUUUAUCCCAGUGGCUGAUAAACACCCAAACACUGCACAGUGGCCUCAGACUGUGCCUCCUCCUGCCAUCAGGAUGCCUCCCAGGAACAGCACAGGCCAGCAAAGAGCAUAUCCCACAUCAGAAGCCCUAUCUGCAUGCAAUAUUGAAAGAGCAAAUCUCCAAUUAAAAGAUAAACACUAUUUCUAGUUAGUGCUGCUCCACUGAUUAUAAGCAUAUCAUAUGCAGAUAAUAGGAUUUCUUUCUAAUAUGCUGGUUGACAGGAUACACGUUUAAAUGUUCAAUGGUAAAUGCCAUGCAUAGAUGAUGGAAAGGGAACAAAAUCCAAUAUAAGGGAAUGUUACCUGAAUUCACUAUGAAAUCAUGAAAUUUAGCGUGGUCAUUUCAUUUUACAAAAUUCUUGCAUUACAGUGGGUAAAACCGUAAGAAUUAGAGGCUUAUCUUGUCCCCAAGUGAGAUAAGAAAUCAUUGCAGUCCUGCUUCACUUCAUCUUUCUCUUCUUUGGUCCAAGGUGCUGUUUCCUUUGCUUGUAGAGGUAACGGUAGUUUACAAAUACCCCU